GCAAGCAAUCAUCUAAGUAUCAACUCAAGAACAUAACAAAGCCAACAAUCCGGAACCACAACACAAACACUUCACUUCUUAAUACUAUCACAAUGUCUCUGUUCAGAACCAUUCCUACCCCCGGAGACUUUGCUCCUCUCUUCCGUCUCCUGGAUGACUACGACAACCACCGCUCCGCCCGCGGUCACGCCUCAGUGCAGUCUUUUGCGCCUCGCUUCGACGUCCGCGAAUCCAACGAGGCCUACCAUCUUGACGGCGAACUCCCUGGUAUUCCUCAGAGCAAUAUCGACAUUGAGUUCACCGACCCACAGACCCUGGUGAUCAAGGGCCGCUCCGAGCGCGAGUACCACUCCUCCAGCGACGACAACAAAAAUGAUCAGGCCGAUACAGAGAACCAGGCCCGGGGUGAAAGCAGCGAAGUUGCAAAGACCGGCGAGAAGCAGGUAUCCACCAAGAAGGCUGCCAACAAGUCUCGCUACUGGGUCAGCGAGCGCUCUGUCGGCGAAUUCCAGCGCACCUUCACCUUCCCAACUCGUGUCAAUCAGGACGAUGUGAAGGCCAGCUUAAAGGACGGUAUUCUUUCUCUUGUGGUGCCCAAGGCUGUGCCUCCGACUGCUAAAAAGAUCACCAUUCAGUAAGGUGGUUUGAAUGCAGCACGAGCCGACCACAGGCCGUCCUGAGCUGAACAAUCAACACGAUUGUCUGAUACGACGUUACGACUUUCCGACUUUUUCGCCGACCUUUUUUCGCCUUUCGAUCUGGAUGUCUAGGCUAUUCCGAACAUUCAACAAUCCAACUUUCCAACUUUCACUGAGUUGCAAUGAUAGCAUAGUUCAUGGGGAUUUGCUGUUCGAACUUUUACCUUUCUGUCUCUACUGUGCUGAAGUCUCUAAUAUCUGCACUGUCCCUACCUUGUGUACAUUAGUACAAUAAUGAAUGAUAAAGAAAUACAACUAUAAUAUUUUU